AUGGACCAACUGAGCAUACAUACGUCCCGUAUAACACCGGGAACGCCGAUGGACGCGAAUAAAGUGCUUAAAGACUUUCAUCGUGACUACCCUCACAUCAUCUUCAUCAGAUUACAAUGGCAGGAUUACUCGGGAGUAAUGCGUGCACUUGUUUUACCAAUUGAGGAAACAUACAUCAUACUGGCGGAGGAGACGCAACCAUUCCAUGUGCCUCCCCUCCUGUCCAACUGUUCCGUCACAAACCAAUAUCUUCCUGAUGCAAGCGCCCGCCAUGUGCAAUGGCUGGUCCCAGACUGGUCUUCUAUUCGGCUAGCAUCCGAUCCCAAAAGUGCAAUGGUGAUGUGCGGAGUAGUGGGGACUACAAUAUCUAAACCAGUGCCAAACGGAGACCUGUGUCCCCGGCGUGCGCUGGUGGAUAUCGUGCGACAGGCACGGGAGUUGUGGGGCUUGAGAUUCCUCGUCGGCUUCGAGGUGGAGUUCCAGGUGAUGAAGGUCUCGUCCGUGACAGGGGAGUAUGUCAAGCACAGUCAAGGCCCAGGGAACUUUUCUGUAUCUGGCCUGCGGGAUCCGUGCUACCGGUAUGUGCAGCAAUGCGUGCAACAACUAUUGGCUCUAGGGGUGCAUAUCCAUGGAAUACAUUCGGAGGGCAAACGAGGACAGUAUGAGAUCGCUCUGAAACCUCUACCACCGCUGCAGGCCGUGGAUCAACUACAUCUGGUGCACGAUUAUCUCAAAGAUACCUUUGCCCAGCACGGCUAUAUGGCCACCAUGGCACCGAAGCCUGUAAUCUCGGAUCCUCAUACCAUUGGACAACAUAUGCACCUCUCGUUGGAGUCUGUCAAUGGCGACCAUGAAACGUCUUUCCUAGCCGGCAUCCUCAAGCGUUUACCGAUGAUUUGCGCCUUCAGUCUACCCCACACGCUCUCUUAUGAACGACGACUCCCGUUCUUGGCUGGGGAGACGGUAUGCUGGGGAACUGAGGCGAGGAUAGCGCCUAUCCGAAAGAUCGAAGCCAGUCAUUGGGAGAUAAGAUGCAUCGAUGCAACUGCCAAUAUGUACCUUACCUUAGCUGCAAUACUCGGCGCUGGGUUGCUCGGUCUGGAAGGCCAAGAGCCUCUCCUUUGGCCAGACUUGGGCGAUUUUACAAUUGAAUCCAAGACCUGGGAGGAACCGUUGCCCAGAACUCUGCAGGAAUCGGUGGCAUGGCUGGCUAGGAAGGCUGAUGACUUCGGUACCAUAUUCGGUCUACCCUUGAUACAGCGUUACAUAGAGCUGAAGCAGUACGAAAUAUCUCAAGUUGGAGGAAUGAAUCCUGUGAAGCUGAGAGAGCUGUUCAUUGAGCUAUUCUAACUUUGCGCUGUAUGCGCGGGUCAAAGCGAGCUUAGAUGAAGGUUCAGCUAACUAGAUCGGACUGCCACAAGCUAGUAAAGGCUACUCGCAGAUAUUAAGUCGGGCAAGUUUAUCAACCAGUGUGAUCAGAAAGUCAGUCAGGGUCUAACACUACUCAACCUUCGCUGCUCUAUCCACCCAUGGAAUAGCACCGGGAAGCUAUAGCACAGCACUUUCUAUUGGGGUGGUCUAAACCGGACUGCUCGGAAAAGGCCAGCAAUGCUCGGUGAGUAUCUGAUACGUAUGUUUCAUACAUCUCCAUGUACCCAAUUUACCAUGCUUGUUCUUGUUCUCUUCAUUCGUGGACUAUCUUUGCUUAGGUUAAUCUUGGUUUUUAUUGAGAUUUCCAGCGAACGGUAAUGGAAAUGGAGAGUAUG